GAUUGGAAUUGUUGAAGGGCAGUAGAGAGAAAAUCAAAGGUGAGCCAUGAAGCACAACAAUGUUAUCCCUAGUGGGCACUUUAGGAAGCACUGGCAAAAUUAUGUUAGAACGUGGUUCAACCAGCCUGCUCGCAAAACAAGGCGAAGGAAUGCUCGUCAAGAAAAGGCUGUGAAAGCUUUCCCUCGGCCUACCGCUGGACCCCUUCGACCUAUAGUCCAUGGACAGACGUUGAAGUAUAACAUGAAAGUGAGGGCUGGUAGAGGCUUCUCUUUGGAAGAGUUGAAGGCUGCUGGCAUUCCAAAGAAAUAUGCACCAACAAUUGGCAUUGCAGUUGAUCACCGCCGCAGAAACCGCUCCUUGGAGAGUCUUCAAGCUAAUGUACAGAGGUUGAAGACCUAUAAGGCCAAGGUGGUCGUCUUCCCACGACGUGCCCGCAAGUUCAAGGCUGGUGAUUCUACUCCUGAGGAACUAGCAACUGCCACCCAAGUCCAAGGCUCUUACAUGCCUAUUGGAUUAGAGAAGCCAUCAGUAGAGCUUGUGAAGGUUACAGAAGACAUGAAGUCUUUCAAGGCUUAUGACAAGCUCCGUGUUGAGCGAGCAAAUGCCCGUCAUGUCGGUGCUCGGUUGAAGAAGGCUGCUGAGGCAGAGAAGGAAGAGAAGAAGUAAAUGGUUCCAAGAUUUUAACUUGUGCGCCCAUAUGUUUUUGAGUGAAAAUUUGUUUGGCCUUUAAAUUUAGUAUCCUCCCUUUCCCUUAAUAUGUCCAAAACCUGAGUUAUGAGUUCGUUCAAUUUUGAAAUGAUUAGAGAUUUGUUUUUAUGCAAUAUCAAACAUACGCAGAUUUCAUAUAUAUUCCCUUUUUUUGUUUCUUA